UUUGGCCUCUUCCUAGGGCUUGUCUUGCUGGUGGGGGUGGCUGUGUCUGCCCCUUCCAGCUUUGAUCAACUCUUCCAACCAAGUUGGGCUUUUGACCACUUCAUUCAUGAAGGAGACCUCCUCAAACUCAAACUUGACAACUAUUCUGGAGCUGGUUUUGGAUCCAAAAGCAAGUAUAUGUUUGGGAAAGUCACCAUCCAGCUUAAGCUGGUGGAAGGUGACUCUGCUGGAACUGUUACUGCUUUCUAUAUGUCAUCGGAGGGUCCAAACCACAACGAGUUCGAUUUUGAGUUUCUAGGCAACACCACAGGGGAACCAUAUUCGGUCCAAACCAACGUGUAUGUGAACGGAGUGGGCAACAGGGAGCAGAGGCUCAACCUUUGGUUCGACCCCACCAAGGAUUUCCACGCAUACUCUAUCUUCUGGAACCAACGUCAAGUUGUGUUUUUGGUGGAUGAGACGCCAAUAAGGGUGCACACAAACAUGGAACACAAAGGGAUACCUUUUCCAAAAGACCAACCAAUGGGUGUGUACAGUUCCAUAUGGAAUGCUGAUGAUUGGGCUACGCAGGGUGGUCGUGUGAAAACGGAUUGGAGCCACGCGCCAUUUGUUGCGACCUACAAGGGGUUUGAGAUCAAUGCUUGCGAGUGCCCUGUGUCAGUGGCUGCAAUGGAUAAUGCUAAGAGGUGUAGCAGCAGUGAGGGGAAGAAGUAUUGGUGGGACGAGCCUAAUUUGUCUGAACUCAACUUGCACCAGAGCCACCAGCUUGUGUGGGUUAAGGCAAGGCACAUUUUCUAUGACUAUUGCUCUGACACUGCAAGGUUCCCAGUCACGCCUGCUGAGUGUGUCCAUCACCGUCACAACUGAAACUGCUUCUAGCUAGUCCUACUCUUUUAUUUGGUUAUCAUUAAAAAAAAAAAAACAUGCAUGGGGGUGAAAUGCAAACUUGUGGAACAUGUUCUUCAUGUUUCUGAAUUCUCAUUGUAAUAUAUUGCCACAGCAUAAUGUGAAUUAUUAGUUCUUCACCUU